AACGCGCGCACGUGUACGACGUACGCUCGUCACGCUACAUACUCGUGCAUACAUACGUAUCACACUGUGUGUGCGUACGUGUGUUUAUGUGCUGGGCUGAUUUAGGCGAUCGGAGCAGGGGAAGAAUCUAGCACGACACAGACAGAUCGUACGAUUCGAGGCGGUGACCGAGCACGGCAAAACCACGCAAGGAGAACGCAGGAGCACAGUGAGGAGAGGACUGUGGAUACGCAACGAGGAGGAUAUUCCGAGGGUAUUACGGAACUAGUGAUCUUCCACUGACGUCAUUUCGUACUUUCGUGCUUCAUUCGAGGGACGAGAAUAGUGUUCGCUGACCCAACAAAGACACUCUCGUGAAUCCGAGAGAAUCGUCGAACGAUCACCCAACACCAGAUCUAAAUCUUCAACGCCACUGUCGACGUUGCUGUCGUCCAGUGGCGCAUCAUCAAGGAGUCGCGAGGCGUCGGCGGCAAAACGGCCGAUCGUGCGGACGUGCUGAGUACUAUUCCGCGGCUGCGAGUACCAGCAACAGCCCGAAGAUUCUCCCAGCAAAGGGCAAGAUGCACAUGGAGGUGCAGGUGGCGCUCAACUUCGUGAUAUCGUACCUCUACAAUAAACUGCCGCGAAGGCGAGUCAAUAUCUUCGGCGAGGAGCUGGAGAAGGCGCUGAAGGACAAGUUCAAGGGUCACUGGUACCCGGAGAAACCGUUCAAGGGAUCCGCUUUCAGAUGUCUGAAGACUGGCGACCCAGUGGAUCCGGUUCUGGAACGGGCAGCCAAGGAGAGCGGCGUGCCUAUUCAGGAUAUCCUGGAGAACCUACCAGCCGAGCUGGCCAUCUGGGUCGAUCCCGGAGAAGUCAGCUAUCGAAUUGGCGAAAUGAACGCGGUGAAGAUCCUCUACUCUGAAACCGGAGAUCCACACGACGAGAGCUCGGCCGAUCGAGAAGUUACCAAGACCUUCAAUCCCGAGGCUCAGUGCUUCAGGCCUAUCGAAGCCGUAGGCACUUCCUUGGGUGGGCUCAGUCUCAGCCCCAAGUCCACGUCGCCCUUCCCAAGCUCGCUCGGAAGCAAUGCGAGCAAUGGAUCGUCAAAUAAUCAGCAAAGUGGUCAUGGGUCCGGUUCCUCAUCGGCACCUUCGCCGACGCCUAUCACCAACUCGUUCAAGGGUUCGCCUAGUCCCGUCCCAGCUUUCAUCCCACGAACUACCGCACCGCUCACAUUCACCACCGCCACAUUUGCGCAGACCAAGUUUGGUAGCACCAAACUGAAAACCAGCAGCAAACGGGCGAACAGAAUGUCCCCCACCGAGUUCUCGAAUUACAUCAAGCAACGUGCCAUGCAGCAACAGAUCCAUCAUCAUCAUCAUCACCAACAGCACCAACAGCAACAGCAACAACAGCAACAACAACAGCAACAACAGCAGCAGGCUGCUACUGGUGGCUUGCCAGUGUCGCAGAGCUCUCCUCGGAGUCGCAGCCUGUCACCAGGAAGCUUAGUGACUGGUGCCGGUCAACAACACGCAGAUCCAAGCGCGUAUUUCUUCCAGCACGGUCCAGCCGCGUAUCAUCCUCAGUUUCCUCAUCGCAACAUCUUCGAUUCGUCCAGCCACGGUGGUUACCUCUCCGCUGAUCUAUACACAGGCGUGAACUUCCCGUCAUCUUACCUCGAUCCAACGACGAUCGCUGGCCACCAGUUCUACGGUGGCAGCGUGAACGGAACCAGCAACGCUGCAGGCAGCAAUGGGAACUCGCAGAGCGCCGGCAAUCUCGGCCCGGUUGGCUCAGCCGCGACGAAUAGCAACGUGAACGGUUCUGGCCAACAACAGGAUAAAACAGCGCUUGUCGAGGGUCUGAACAACUUUGGUCUCGGCUCCGUGGCGCCGUAUCCGGCCAGCCAAUACCAGCAUCUCCUCGUAGCUAACUAAUACCCCGCGCGAGUGAAGACCGAGCGACUGGCGCGAUUCGAUUCGCGCCUGCUCCUCUGUUGCUUCGCCAGACAGGCAGGAGGACAGCCGGAGGAUCGUCUGAGAGACCGGGUCGAUUGUAACCGUUCCUGGUCAUCAUGACAACGUUCCAGUCUCUCCCUCAUGCGUCGAGACGUCGUCCAGAGUCUAGGUUCCGUAACCCUAACACACAUAUACAAACCCGAUUUCGCUUGCACCAUCUGAUUGGAGGGCUUCUCGCGCACGCAGCGGACGAUGCCGUCGAGAUUCCUGCUCACCCACUAAAUAGUUCCCACUCUGUCUCUCUCUGGCAAAAGGAGCAUCCGACCGGAAGCCGCCAUGUUACCUCUACAUAGCCAAAUCCUUAACGGAUUGGUCUUCUUAAACAUCUUCGUCGUGAUACUCUGACGGUGAUGAAUUUUUCAUCAAGGAAGCAUCCAAAACUCAUCGACUCCAGUUUUCUCAUUCGAUCCUAUUCCGGAUGGCCGAGAGAGGAUUCUUAAGUGAUACUCUCUCGUACGAUGGACAGCCAAUAGUAUAUGUAUGAACAACGUGUAGAUUAAGGCAGGGAGACAGGGAGCGGAAGAAAAGAGAUACCUUCGGCAGAAAGGACGCAAUCAGCACUGCGGAAGAGGCACCGGGUCGACGCGCGCGCGGGUCAAGGCGACGAGACUAUUCGCGUGAUAGAGGGAUAAUGAGAACGAGAGAACGAAAGCGGGAGAGUGCGAAAGAGAGAGAAAGAGAGAGAGAAAGGAAAGAGAGAACGUGUGAGAGAGUGAGAGUGAGAUUAUAUAGAGCGUGUAUAGAGGGAUUCGAAUUCGGUGCGCCUGUGUGCUGAGGCGUGCGUGCAAGACGUUCAUAGGAGAAGAAUGGUGAAGGAACGAAGAGGAGGAGGGACUGUUCGAAGCGAUGGGACUCGCGAACGCGAACUUCGCAACCGACUAACGUAAUAGAAAACCGCGUGUAUCUAAUAUUCUGUAACUGUAAAACAACAAUACGGACACCAUGGACCCCGAUUGAGAUGGCGCUGGGCGCCCGUUCGAUGAAUGGCUGCUCCCUGUGUGUCUCGUUUAAUCUACUGGGCAGGCCAUUUUGAAAGAAGCUGGAAAAAUAAAAUUGUCGAGAAUAGAAUGUACACGUAACUCUAUAUAGAUCACACAGAGAGACCAAUUCGUGAUUUUUGUUCGGGGUUUCAGAGAGGUAGAGAAAAAGAAAGAGAAAAAUAUAAAAUGUCGAACGAUGCGCCAAGCGUCCACACCUGGGACAGCGAAAGAGCCAAGAGACACACACACACAUACACAGAAACGUGCAACAGCGUGCGUAAAAUUUCACACGGGCCAGAUUCACACGCAAUGGACACACUCAAUCCCGAAACAUUUUACCUGGCGAUCUACACACUUACACAACACAUAACGUCUACAUUCAACCACACGGAACGCCCCGCCUGGCUGGUGGCGUGCUGGCGACACUCACGAUCGCAUACACACAUAUUACACAGAGACACAGGAUACACACACGCGUGCAUCACGCGUCCGUGCAAAAGACACAGGAGGGCGGGGUGUGCGGACACUUAAUAUCGCGCACGACUUCACCAACACGUACACACAGAUAUUACCAACGUGUAAUAAUUUAUUUUUUCACUGGUAUAGUCGGAGAAUUGAUAUUGAAUAUAUCUGUAGAGCCUAUGUAUUAUAUUCAAAAUAUGCACUCACUUUGCGGGUUGUCGCGAAACGGUAUAGGGACGGCCUGUAUCCGCUCUGUCGAACCAUCGACGAACGAACACCCUCGGUCGUAGUCGUACACGCAUUUCCCGUUUAUUCCUCUUGUUCGAUCCGAAGAACGAUCGAACAGAAAAUAUACGCGAACGAGCAAAUAGAGAAAAAGAAGGAGGACAAAAGGAAGACGAAGAGGAAAGUUGUUAGAAGCGGUUUAAAAUGCGACGAAGAACGCGAAGACGGCUGCCGUGGGAUUCUUUCUCGAUCGAGACGCAGAUGGUGCUCGCAGUUCCAAUACCGUUCGGAGAACUCGUCCUCGGUACGAUUUUACAUUUUAUUUUUAUAAUAAAUGCAGUAGAGCGUAGGAGAAGAAAAAAAAGUGAAAAAAGCAAAGGAAAGAGAAGAGAGCGGAAGAGGUAGAAAGGGAAAAAGAGAUAGAGAGUGGCGGCGUGUUCGCACGAACGGGAAUAUGGCCGCGUUGCGUCGCUGCCCCGCUUAUGAAACCGUACCGCUUCCGGUCCCGAGUUUAAUCUCUCCGGGCGCGAUUUCCUUUCAACGUGACGUCCUCUCCCCCAUCCUAUGCAACUAUGACGUUCAACCGGACAUCGCUGAGAUUCUCGAAACGGAACAACAUCAUCCGAUCGUGGGCAAACUUCGCGAUACAUCAGCAAACGUCUGUAAACUUUCGUAAACUUUCUUAAUUCCACCGCUAUCGAGCUUCUGGCUCUCCUUCGAUUCAUAUGAUAUAUAUAUAUACCUUAUAUCGAUCCUACUGGCGGAGGCAAAACGAUUAUUCAAACUUCCGUUAGUCGCCUCCGGUUUGACGAUGUUGGAAGAUCGAGGACAAAGGACGCAUCGGAAGGGAAACAAAGCCACGGCGGUGAAGGGGUUGGAGCAGCGAGCAACCAGCCGGUUCGCGUUCGCGAGAUUAAUUAGGUGAUUACGUUAUUAAAGGCCACUGUUACUGUCCUCGACGGCCGUGCCACGACCGUGCUCGUGACCCCGAACACACCUCACGGCGUUCAUACGCUUGCGGGCUUUUUGCGAUGAGCGUUAUACGGGACAAGUUCAAUUUUCGAGGAUAGUCACUGUUUUCAUCGAUGUAUGAUAGAUUUCGCACCUUUUUAAAUCGCUAUAUUGUCUGUUUGACGAAUAAGUUUACCGAGAAAAGUUGAUAAAAUCUAGCGAUUGAGGAAGCAUGGCUGGACUGUUUUGUACGUUUAUCUUUAAGAGAUCGAUCAUGUAUGAAAUUAUUUCAAUUCUGUUUUUGGAUAUCUAAAUGUAGAAGGCAAAUUGAUUAUUCGAUUCAAAGAAAAUUAAUAAUACUUUUAGCUGGCUGAACAGCAUAAUGAAUAAGUAGAAGUACUUACUACAAACCAAUCUGAGAUAUGUAAAGACGCACAGUAUAAGGCAAAUCGAUUAUUCCAUAUUCAACAAGCAAAUAAUAUCUCGAAAUCACUGCUCUAUUUCUACAAGCCAUUUGAAAUAUCGAAAAGCGUCCAGCAUAAGACAAGUUGAUUAAUCGACCUUCUACUCUUACAAACCAUCUGAGAUAACUAAAAACGUCCAGUAGAAGAUAAGUUGAUUACUCAAUAAAAACCAUAUUUAUGGCACUGUGAAAUCAUCAUUCCACUUGUAUAAAUGAUCUAAAAUAUUUAAAAACGGACAGUGACAGUAUCAAAUCAUUUGAUCGGUAAGACACCUAAAAUCAUACAGUAUAAAACAAGUCUAGCGAAGAAGUUUCAAAAAAUGUCCAAUAGCUUAACGCAAGACCGCAAACUACAGACCCAAAAGUCAGCGUUCGAGAUUAACCUGAUGAAUCAUAAUUUCUUCUUAUUCGAUCGCUUGUCAGAUCGGGUCAUGGUCGUUCUCGUCCGUCGAGCAGCGUAGAAAAAGCACGACAGCAACGAUGGCGGAGGUGUCGCGAGCCGCGGGCCGGGCACUAGGUGCUAAAAGUAUUAAAAAGUGUUUAAUCUUGUCGUCGUGGGACAAACGUACGGAAUACGCGCGGCCAGAGAUUGUCGACUAGCUCGUGUGCUGUUUUUUACUCUUUCUUUUUUUUUUCUUAACAGCAUAAAACGAUGAAGGAUAGAUGACGUUUGCGUUGGUCGAUCAGCUCGGUCCAACCGAGUCCUCUCUUAGACUAGUUUCGAAACCUUAGCGUGACUUUGUAUCGUGUAAGUGUAUAAGUAGCAUAAUUUUUAGGCGUAACUUUCAUCGUUCUUUCGUACGAAUUUUUAUAUAGCCAGUUUUGUAUGACCGACGCUAAGCAGCAGCUUCCUGUACCGCGGUCGUUCCGUCUUGGACCGAAUAUCGUAGCGAUCGACCGGCUCUGAAAACGAAUCGAUGCCUUCGUUCACCUUCAUCCGAUGCUCUAACACUCGAGUCGCGUGUUACAUCGAGAAUCACACAAGAUUUCCCAAGAGAGAAAAAGAAUUCUUCGAUAGAUAACGUGUGUCAUCGAAGAGUCGUGGUUCUUUCUCAGUAACACGUCACUCUGAAGAUCUAGGAAAGAUGUACAAAAAAGGAUCGAUGACAAGAUCGAAGCUAAAUUGAAGCUUCGCGUUAGGAACAAUUGGAAAUUUUGGGAUUUGAGGAAAUAUCGAACGAAAGAUGGAAAUGACGAGCAAGUCGGCAGGUUUCCGGCCACGCGAGGGGUGCUAAAAACAAGUUUUUAACCGCGGAACUAACAAGGGUAAAGAGGGGGCGAGAAAGCGCGGGGAACAGAGGCGUGAGAGGAUAAGGCGGGAGAUCAGUACCCUUUAGUAAUAUCUAAACUUAAUUGUAACUAUUAACGAUACGUACGACUGUGGUAGCUAUGCUAGUACCUGCUAUUGUUAAAGAGAGAAAGAUUGGAGAGAGCAAGAGAGAACGAGCGAGAGAAAUCAAUUGAAAGAAUGAAGAGGUGGAAGAGAAGUGGAGAAUCGCGAUUUUCGAGGUUUGGUUCGUUGCGGAAGACGCAAGUCAUCUUCGUAUUCGGAUCUAAUUGUAGGUCCGAUUACUAUGUGGAUCGUUGGUUUUCCGCGGAGAGAAACAACUUUGAUGGAACGUGAGGAUCGAUGGAUCGACGAUUUAGCCUCGAGACGCGCAGAGAUAACCGCAGAGAGCUUCUCGCGCCGAUUAUUUUUCUAAUCUUUGUAAUCGAACGAAUUGGGUUCGCCAUGAAACCCGCGAGAAUAUCCUCGAUUCGACCGAAGAAAGGAGAUCCCAGAGAGACAAAUUCGUCGCGCUUUUUGGUCGUCGAUCUUUGCGUCUCGGGGCGUCGCGAUCCCUUUUCAACGAUCAAAAGAAGGAGAGUGGAAUGGCGAGAAGGAUUUAAAAGGGUAGGAAAGGCGUUGAAGCAAGCGUUGCAAUAAGUUGCGAAUCAAAUGCGGAUCUCGGCUUGAGACGAGAGGCUCAGCUCAGCGAAGAAUCAAACACACGUACACGAUGUAUACUCUUCUAGUAAAACCAAAAAAAAAAAAAGGAAAAAAGAACGAAUCGGAAGGGAGUGAGAAAGAGAGAGAGAGAGAGAGAGAUACUGAAUCGAAACGGCGGACGAAUGGAGAGAUGGAACGGUUAAUGUGACGCGCGAUAUGUGAAAGAAAAUGAGUAGAGAGGGAGGAGGUAGAGAAGGGCAGAGAAAAGAACGGGAUAUUGAUAUAGAGCAUACAUUGAGAUACACAAAAGAUAAACAUAUAGUAUUAUACGAUUACAAUACGAUUGUAAUGAAACACUUUGUAAGCAAGGAAACAAAAAAAAAAAAAAUUAUGCAUAGUUUUCCAUAAUCUGUAAUGGAUGUAUUCGUUAACAAAAAAAAAAGAAAAAAAAAAUAAUGACGACGAGUGGUUAAGGUUAAAAAUACGUACAUACACACAUACACACACGCACACAGACACGUAACAUACACACGUACACACACAGGACACAGCUGAAUAACCGUUCGAAGCAACUCGGGUACACGACACACAAGAAGUAAACGAAAAAGAAUAAAAAAAAGUAAACUAUUAAUUAAUAACACGAAGUAACGAGAGAGAGCGAGAGAGCGAGCGCGAGCGAGAGAGACGUAACAAACGGUAAAUCUGUCUCUUUAAAGUAUCAUGUGUCUAUAAACUAUAGCGAUUGAUAUUGUCUUUUUAACCGUAAAUGGAGAAACAAGUAAUCGUGGUAACGUAACUAAUGUCAUAGCGAUAACCGAACACUGCAAUAUUAGAUAUAAUAUAUAUUCAUACAUUUAUAGAGUGGAGAAGCGAUGGAAGGUUGGCUAGAGGAGACACAGAAGGAGAGAAAGAAAAUAGGAAAAUUGUGCGUGGCUCUGACACGCGUAAUUAAAAAAAAAAGGAUCACUCAAAAAAAAAGAGAAAAAUAGAAAAAAGUGGAACAGAAAAAAAUUCAAAGCAACUCGAAACGGUAUAUCAUCGAUUCGUUCUGACUUUUCUUCUCUGUCGAAAGCUAGAUAUAAAAAAGAGAAAAAAGGAAAAAGUAACAAAAGGAGAAUAAUAACACACACAGCGAGAGAGAACGAUGUGAACAGCAGUGGCGCCUAGCACACGCGUGUCAGUGCGGAAGUGAGCAAACGUGGUACGAUCUCCAGGCACAGUUGAAAAGAGAAAGCCGUUUCAUGCUAAAACAGCGAGAGUAGAGCAAAACGAAAAGCUGAAUGGAAGAAAACAAUAUUAAAUAUGCGUUUUGUGUAUCGGACACACUCGAAGCUACAACACGCGCACACGCACAUACACACACACACACACACACACACACACACACACACACACACACACACACACAUGCACAUACACAUACACAUACACCCACGAGCAUAUACACAGAAACACAGACCCACACUUACACACACAUGCACACAGAGUAACACAAAGAAAGACCCAAAAAAAAAAAAACCUAUCGAUUAUUCUACCAAGUAAUGAAUUAACAAGAGGAUGAUCAUUAGAUUUGUAAUUAAUUACAUAUAUAUUUUUCAAUACUUUAACUACUUGCUGAAUGUAAACUAUAUACAUAUAAUUAUAUAUUAUAUAUAUUAUAUAUAUAUUAUAUAUACACACACAUACCGCGUAGAGCUGUACCUCGAUUACAGCGUGGCGAAGAGGGCUGCCCCGUUGAUUACCGGUUCUGCACGGGGUCGCACCUGACCCGGUAACGAAAACAUACCUAUACCUACCAAACACGAGAGCUAAACAAGGAAGUAAGACUCAAUCGAUGUAGAAGAAAAUAUCGUUUGGACAUUCGUGGAGAACCGGAAAUGGACGGAUCAACCCUCGAUUGCGGGACCGGAGGGCGACGCGCCAUGUUGACUCUAAAGCUACGCCCUCCGGGCAGGAAGAGAUUUACGAGAAACGAGAGAAUGGAAGAAACCUUUUUGUACCCCACCCAAGUCACACUCUCGGUGUCGAAACGGUAAAGAAAAACCAAAAAAACAAGCAACUAUGUUACUCGUGUAAGUGCAUCCUAAAUGUAACUGUUACGAAAUGCCCCUUCUCCGAAGCCCCACCCCAGGCCCCGGUCUUCAUCGUUUCGUACGUAGCAAGAGAGGGAUGAAACAAGCGGCAGAGAGGCCGGAUAAAAUGAAAAAAAAAGAAACAAGAAGAAAGAGGAGAUAAUAGUGUGAGAAUAAUGACAGAUGAGAGCGUGAAAUGAGAGAAAGAUAGAAUACACAUGUGUAUGCGUCGUGUGCGAAUAAAAGGAUGCGAAUCGCGUGAAUUUUCGAUGAAUUUAGUCGCGAACGGUGCAUCGACGAUCGUUCGAAGCACCGCAUAACCAGAGUAUGCGAAGAAACGAAAGAUCAACGCGGUGAAACGAAAUUUCCGGUGGCUGAGGACCACGCGAGAAAAUUUCUCGGUUCUCGGUUCAGGUGCAGAUCCCUUGUUUCUCAACCCCUUGCGUAACGCGACGCGUUUUCCUUUUCGUUCUGUUCGCUGGCGGUUUACAUAUGUGCGCGCCUAUGUUCUUUCCACCGUAUCGUCGUUUUACCACUUUUUUAUGGACGUGUUACACUUGUUAUCACUCGUAUCGAAUGGAAGAACGAGAGACGAUUUAAUGAUACGUGUACGUACGAAUGUGCAUGAAAAUGUAUGCGUGUGAGAGAGAGAGAGAGAAACAGAGAGAAAGAAUAAAUGGUGCAAGUGGGUGAACAUGAGGAUGUCUGCAAGCGAGACAAACAGCGAGACACUGUGCGCCUAUAUAUGUAUAUCUGUAUAUAGGUACCUUUUUCAACCGCUACCGCUGUUUCCUUUAUACUACUUCUUAUCCUUUUUUUAUUACUAUUAUUAUUAUUAUUAUUAUUAAUAUUGAUUAUAUAUAGAAUUAUUGUAAUUGAGAUGUAUUUUCUGUUGGCUUUAGAUUUUGUUCCUUUAUUUUUGUACGAAAACCGUUUUACCUUUACUACGUGUGCAUUAUGUAAGCUAUAAAUAUGUAUAUAUAUAAAUAUAUGUAUAUAUGUAUUUAUAUAUAUAUAUAUUUAUAUACAUGAACACUUUUUUUCUUACCGUUGCAUCGAUUUAAAGAUCUAUCUAUGGUGGAUCUAUCGAUCGCGCGCACGAUGCUGAUCGUUGACAAAGGUCGUUUGUUAGAACAAUGAUAUUGUUCAACGAUUUCGCGAAACGAUCGGCGACGUCCGCGAAUAUUCUUAGUUUUUAAGGUGACUCUUUUCACGAAUCACUUUCUUUUUUCUUUUUGUUCUCUUAUCGUUUAUUUUAAUCUUUUCUUUUUCUUUUUGAUAGUUUGUUAUUGUUGUUUCUUUUUGUCCUUUUUUUUGUAUGAUAUAUUUGAUUAUACCAGCGUGCUUCGCUCCUCCAAAUAAUAUAUUACAUAUUGCUAUAUAUAUACAUAUAUAUAUUUUUGUUAAUAAUACAGUGGUUUGAUACAACUACGAUAAUUUAUUCUGUUGUAACAGAUUUGUUUUCUAUAUCUCUUUACGAAUCCCACAAAUGCGUUAUUAAUAUACAAAUACAUAUAUAUAUACAUAUAUAUGUAGAUAUAUAUAUGUAUACAAAUAGAGGACACGUGCAUAUAUAUAAAAGUAUAAAUAUAUAUGUAUAGAGCAUUAUACAUACUUAUAUGAGAAAAUAUCGAUUAUAUAUACAUAUAUAUAUUAUAUACAUAUACAUACACUGCUACAUUAUAUUUUGUUUAACGAGGAGAUAAACCAAAAGAGCAAAAUAAAAAAACGAAAAAUCCAAGAAAAAAAAAUGGGAACGAGAUAAAAGAGAGAGAGAGAGAGAGAGAGAGAGAAGAAGAGAAUCAGAGUUUUCGGCGUGUUGCUUGUUCUGAAUUAAACAUCAGGUUGAGAAGGAUGAAAUGGAUGCGUGAGAGAGAAAGAAUUGACAGAAGCGUUUCUUGAAAUUUUUCGAGCGUUUUCGAGCCGUUCUUUCAGAAGGAAGAGAGAAGAAGUUAGUGACUUUCGGAACAAAAUACAGGAGGAAAGAAGAGAGGGAUGAAAGUACACGUUACACAUACUAACAUACACGUACACAUACGCAUAGAAGACACGAACUAUCGACAAGUAACACACCGGCUGAAAUCUAGGGACGUGAUCGAACGAAGGUGGGAAGGGAAAACCAAAAAAUAGACAAGUGUGAGAUAAAAAUGAAACUCGCGUGUAAUAUACUUAUAAUAUCAUUUUGUAAAUUAUUUUUUGUAUUUUUAUAUAUAUAUAUAUAUAUACAUAUAUAUAAAUAUCGAAGCAUACGACACAAAAAGCGGAACAGUGUUUGUGCGUACGAAGAGAAAGAGAGAAAGGACGAAUGGAAGAACAGGUGGAAAGGGAAAGGGAAUAAAAUUGUGGGCAGAACAAUUCUGAGUGAUUGCUUGAAAUGUUUGGAAAGCAAACGAAAUGGAAGAGUGUCAUGUAGGAAACACGGUGAAAGCGUGUGAGAGAGAGAGAGAGAGAGAGAGAGAGUAUGUGUAAAAGAGAGAAAGAAUACGAAAAAACUCGUGACGCAUUGAUAAAACACUGACGAUAUUUAAAUCGAUCGUUGAUAAAAAAAAAAGUAGGAAAAAUCGUCCUUUCGUUGAUCGAGAGGGACGCCAGGAAAGAUGCUGUUCGUUUAAAACGUUAAGAGAAAAAGCGUAAAAGACGCGUGCGUUGAUACAAUGCGCCUGUAUGCAGCCUGUUCGUGAACACAGACACACAGACAUACACACAAUCUCACAAAAUACAUAUUGUUUAUGUUAAUUUCGUGACACGACCAAUGUCCCGAGAAUAAUGAUAAUGGAUUUUUGUUCCCUAUUAUUUGUACCUUUGUAUUGUAUUCUGCAGCUUGUCAAAUGCUUUGUUUAUUACUACUAUUACUACUACUAUUAUCUCGUUAUUCUUAUUACUCUUAUAUAAAAAUGAUUAUUCUUAUUAAUAUUAUUGCUACUCUACUGCUAUCAAUUUUUUAGAUAUUGUACCGCAUUCGUCGACCUUGUUUCCGUAUAAAUGCCACUCUUUUGUCGCACGUCCAUCGAAACACCGGCGCGCAGCCACGUGUUUCUUUUCUUUAAAACAAAAGAAAAGAGAAAGACAUUUUUAAGAAAAUAACAAAGAAACGAGAAAGACGUAGCGCGAUCGCUUCCAAAGAGAACUUAUGCGACUUUUGCGACAGCAGUGGAAACCUCGCAACAACCAGUUUAGUCGUAUUUAGUAAAGCCCAGAGAAGCAGCGGCGUGCUGUUCAUUUUAUUAAUUAAGGACAUCGCGCGCUAGAGCCGCUUGGCGAACGGAAGCGACAUGCGCUUCCGGCCGAGACACGAAUUCGUGGAGCACGAACAGCGGUCGAGGGUGGUGAACGCUUCGAAAGAAAAUCAACAAAGGAUCGAGGAGGUGAAACGAACGAAAAAAUGAUGAAAACGGAUCCAGAUGUUUUAUAAUUUUAUAGAAAAAAAUACACCGUCGAUUCCGGGCAAGCUCGAUGUUCAUGGAAUCCUAGAAAAAAAAAAACGAGAAAUUAGAUCGCAGAUUCUUUUACGAAAGCUUCGAUCGAGCUUCACGCGCGUUUAAAAGUCGCCAAAAAUUAUACAUUACAUUACAAAUGGCGACUUUUCGCAGGAAAACGAUCACCCUCCUCGAUCAAUGUAGAUCGAUCAACGUGUGUCAUUAUUUAUCGAUUCGAACGAUCGAAGGUGCGCUGUUAAUUUCGCGAUGUUGUUUCGUGUCUCCAUCGUUCAGUGGCUUUCCUUGUACUUGGCUGCGGAGAUCCGUCGUGAAAAGUUUCAAGAAAAUUUCGUUUCACGCGUACAAGAACGAGCGAAUGGGUUUAAUAAGGCGAAGAGGAAAUGGCGGAAAGAAUAAGAGAGAACGUUUCCUGAUUGUUUGCCUGCAUGAGCGUAUAUGCGAGCGUGCAUGCGGUAAUGGAGGAAACUUUUCGUUUUCCGCGAGAGAGUGUUCUUUCUUACAUAUAGUUUCUCGUGCAAAUACGGCGGACGAGGGUGGUGCCGAUCAAUCUCGCUUCCUGGAUCGAAUCCCCGCCCAUGUCGCUCGGACCUCCAUUAAUCGAUUUGAAUUGCAGCUCGUGCCGCGACUCUCUCUCUCUCUCUCUCUCUCUCUCUCUCUCUCUCCCUCUCUCGCCAAUUUUGGGCAGAGUCCAAUCCUCUGGUGAACUUUAGUUUUGGAAUAAAAUAAAAUAUCUCUGCACUUUUAGAAUCUCUGGAUAUUGUUCCGUUAUAAAAAGCAUUGCUGACUUGAUUUAUCAAGCUAUUUUUCUCAGUAAAACAGCGACACUACAGAUUUUUAUGACAAUUUUAAGAAGAGUGAACUUCGUGCAGAAACUUGCAAAUUUGAUAUUAGAUCCAUAGAUACACUUUGCUGAAAUUUAUUUUAGAUUUUCAAUAAGAUUUCAUGAUAUUCCAUAUUCCACUAUCUUACGAUGUUCAUUGUAAGAAUAUUCGCUCAAGGACGUUUCAGUUAUUGACUUCGAUAGAAUAUUAAAAUAUUAUUAAGUUAAAGUUUGUUACUGUUUUAUAAAGUUUAAUAGGAAGAGGUUCAGUCGACAAUAUUUUAAUUAUCGAUUGGAAUGGACGACAGAAACAAUUGGUACUCUGCCCAGGAAUAAAUAGACAAUUAACCCGACCGAGAGGGGGCAGUUUCGUGGCAGAUCUCUUUAUUAUAAAAAAAAAAAAAAAAAAAAACGAUCGAAGGGAGAAGAUCCAGGAUGGCGUCGAUGAGGUCAAGGGGAGGGCGCCUGGUAUUAGUACACAUUAGUUUCUUCGAUAGGAGGCGCCCAAUUAGUUGUUGGAAUUUUGUAGUCUAGGCGAUAAUUCUCGAUAUAGUUCAAUGUUGUCGAGUUUCUAUUAGUUGAGCGAGCGAACGCGCACGAUUGUCGUCGGAAACCGGAACGAGCCAGGGGAUUUCGACAGUGCUUCCGGUCAGUCACGUGUUCAAAACGAUCUAUGACAACGACGUGCUUCGAGUCGACGUAUCGCUUGAUAAUCGAGUGUGCGUUUUUUCUCGCGAAUUAAGCCGAUGGUUGUUCCUAAUAUUCGUUUGAAAAAUCGAUGACGAUAACGAAAGAUGAUCGUAUUUUGCUGUAACACGCUUUAAGAUCGAUCUUUAGCUCAAUGGUUUUUCGAAUAAAAGCAUUACGUUCUAUGAAGAAAAAAAAAAAAACCAAGCCAGUUUUCUAUUCUUGAGAGACAAAGACGAGAAAAUGUAAGAUUUUUAGUAAAGUAUAUUUUGAGAUAAUUAGUUGAAGCAUUACGAGCUUUCUAGAACAAAGCAAAACCACGGCAACGUACGCAAAUGAUCAUCGAACGAUUGACCGAAGCCAAUUCGUUGAUAGUGUCUUCUAGUUUUGAUCGACAUUUUUGGAGAAGAUAAUGCGUUCGAUGGAUUUACGUAAACGUAGCCUCGUCCUCUGUUCUGGGGAAACCGAGGCACGUGUUUUAUCAUCGUACGUCUUGCAGAACGCGCUUGUUUCUCUAAAACCGAGCUUGAAAAUUGCACGAGUCGAUUCUAUAUGGUAGCAGAAAUUCAAAGUUCUUCUUAUAUUUUUUUAAAAAAGAGAGAAAAUAACCAAAUUUCGGUGAGGUUUGCUUCUCAUCGAAUGGAACCGAAUUGAUGAAUUAAUUCUCGUCGAAUUUAAUUUCGUUUUACGAUCAAUGUAAAUAGCAGGGAAUGGGUGAAAAAAAGAAGCUAGGAAUUUUCAAUGGCAGGAUCUAUACGAUUUUAAUAUCCGAUUCGACGAGAGGAUCGUGAAAUAUAUGAGGACGCUUGAAAUACCAGUUGGAAGGACUUUAUUCGUUGAUAUUGAUUUUGAUACAACAACGCAGAAUAGAUUUGCCGAUUUAGACUAGUUUUCCUCGACUUUUAUAGAAAUUUUAUACACACCUCGACACAGUAUCAGUAUCCUCCAACUACUUAGCGAUCCAAGCGAUACGAAAACCUUGCGGACCUUGAAAGUUUAGAGGAAGUUUGGGAAAAUUCUUUUGUUAUCUCGUUGCGAGUUUCGUCCAUCUCCAUCAACAUGUUCCGAAUCAUUACAAAUGAACAGUCCAAAAGCAUCUUCCUCGAAAAAGAAGAAGAAGAACAAAGAAGGAGUUCCCUAGCAAAAAAAAAGAAAUAAGCAAAUAAACUGACGAAAUUUUCGCAACGUUUAAGGUUAAGAAGCUAUUUUCGUAUUUCUAUUGAAUAGGCAAGGGAGGAAUGAAUCGAAUCUUGAAUUAAUAACCGAAUAACGAAAUUAAAUUCAAGAGUUGAAUAGAAAAUGCUUGUCGGAGAGACAAAGAAAAGUGAUAGGAAAAAAUGAAUCGAACCUUGAAGAAACGACCGAGCAGAUCCUGUUCUCCGGUCCGAUUUCCGGUUUCCUUCGAGACCCAGCGACUCGUCUCCGCGAAUCGAUGUAUGGUUAAGUCGCGACGAAUAUCCAGUCAUUAGGUCCGUUCGAAGUGUCGCGACGAGUCAAGAGGAAAUUUCUUGACUGGGACGGACACUUCCGUGCAGCGCCUCCUUCGACACGCGACCAUCAAUCUUAAACCCGCGAAUCAACGGACUUCCGGUUGUCUGCCUUCCCCAUAUUUCCUUAACAAUAGUUGUUUUUUUUCUGUUCAUCUAUUUUCAGUUGGAAAGAGAGGUGAGAAGAAUGGAUUGUUUAAAAAGAGACUGUUAAGCAAAAGAGAAGUGUAAAAUGUUUAUCGAAACGUUCAUUACUGGGUCACGAUAUUGUUACGAGAUACGGGACAUUUAUAACAAGUGAUCAAUUUCGCUGUUUGAAAAUUCCUUUGUUUUAGUAUUACAGCACGUGAACUAUAUUGGUGGACUGUGGAUUUUUAUGCAUUUGUUCAUGAUUAUUCCACUAGAUAAUUCAUUUUUAUUCUCAUUUGCUCGUAUAACUUAAAAAUACGCGUUGACCUGGCGCAUAGCCAAACAUGUUAAAGAUCGAAGGUCAGAGAAAUUUUGCGCAAAGUGAAGUCCUUGGAGUUGCGGAUUUGACGAUUGGAAAUGGAAGGGAGGAGAUAGAGACGCGUCUCUGUUGCACGGUCGCUAAUCCACGACGUGUGAACGUUAGAUGAAACCUUUAUCUAUAUAUUUGCCACGAUAUUCAAUACGUGAAUGAGUAUAUCUAUUAAAAUAAUAUUGAUAUAAAUACAUAGAGACAGCGAGAGAGAGAAAGCGUGGAAGAAUGAAAGGGAGAGAGCGAGAGAGAGCUCGUAGAGAGAGCGUGUAAGGGAGAGUGUGCGAGCGCGAACGACGAAGAGAGAGAAAGUAUGGUAAUAUCAUGAAAUUAUUAUUCUUUGUUACUUCUUUAUAAUUAAAACAAUAAAAAAGCUGCUGAAUAAAAA